AUGACUGGGCUCGCAGCAAUCUCAGUGACAGUUACCGACGGCAUUGGCAACGGCGACAUCUUGUCCUCAUCGAUGCGCCGGAUGGUCGAUAUUACUGGCAGCAAAGAAUCGGCGACCGUCACAAUGAUCUGCACUGUGGACGACAAGACCGAGACCCUAUCGGGCGAGAUCUCAGGAGACCGGUACCAGAAGGACGUGGUCGAACAGACCGAAGCGCUAAUGCGGCUGCCGCGGCAGUCCGAUGCCAGCUCGACCGACGUGUGGGGCGCCGACAUGUCGAUUCUCCUGAUUCUGUCAGGCCAGGUUGCAUGGGCGAACGCUGUGCAGAAGACCGCGCCCGAAGGCACUGCCGUGCCGGAGGAGGCAAGGGCUCAAUUUAAGCAGAUCGCGGACACGCUGCUGAAGGCAGGCAGCGACGCAUGGACUAUGUCUCAGGGACUUGGUGUUCCUGGCAUCAUGCCCCCCAAGCUUCGCAGCACAACCGAGAUCUCUGGAACUCCUGCCGGCGCCAAGUUCACGCAGAAGCUCUUCAACGGACAGCCGGUCGAGUCCGUCACCAAGUCCGGCGAGCUGGUCGGCGACUCUCUCACCACCGUGUUUGCCCUUGUCGAUGAGUUGCAGCAGCUGCCGACACCUGAGCAGCCCGGGCUGGGCGACGUGUUUGGCGAGAACAAGGUGGUGCUGGUGCGCAAGGGCCGGAGCGUGCUGUGGGGGUACAACCCCAGCGCGGGCUGUGGCGCCGGGCCAGAUAGCCGGGGCUGUGCCCCGGUGUUUGCACUGAGCACCGACCACAUGAGCAAGUUCAAGAGAAUCGUCGAUGGCAUCCUCCAGGCGACUAGCGAUAGCUUCUAG